GUGGUCUUCCUCCGCGUGUGGACGUAGGCUAUACUAGACCUCGAGGCCUUGCAUAAGACUACAUCAAACGCAUGUCAUGGCUCUCCCCCUUUAGUUUGGGGUUAUAUUUGUUAAGUUCUCCGUUGAUCUGUUAUCGAAAUUAAAGUCGAUAUCUUAUCUAAUCGUUCAGUAUUACAGUUGGGCGUUUGUAACCGGACACCGCACUGGAGCUAACCUCCUCGUUUUGCGCGGAGGGAUACUAUAAUCGGACUGACAAUGUGGAGGUUGCUAAAAUGUCUACUCUGAGGCUGAAAUGGUUACAAUUGUAGCAGCCGUAAGAACGAUUUAGCACUCGGAACAAUUGUGUAUUCGGCAACAUUAUUAUCGAUAUUGUUACUUGGACUCUCUGCGCACCCUGGAAUAGAGGAAAAGCGAAGAUUUCAUUCGGCCAAUUUUGGGGCUCUAAAGCACGGGAGGGGGAUUCUCCUCAACUUUAUGUUUUUCUUUCUGCCGAGAACACUAUCCUCUCCUGUUGGAUGCAAGACUUCUGAAGAGCAAAGGACUAGUCUAGUCUCAGUGGCUGAGUGAGCGUGUGCGGUGAGACCAGAGGCUUCAUUCCAAUGGCUGCCGUGGGAACGGACAAGGAACUCAGCGACCUGCUGGACUUUACCGCGAUGUUUGAGGUGCCUAGUGUUGGUGGGAAGAUCAGAACGCUCGGAGGUCCAGAAGAACGCACUGGAAACAGCUCCUGGGCCCCGGGGGAUCAGAAUGGCACUGCCUUCAAUCAGCCACGGGUAAGCAAUGGCUACUCUGAGCCCACCUACAGUGAUCAUGAUGGAAUCCUCCAGCCGUUUGUUACUCCUGGAAUAGGAGGUAAAGAGAGGUAUCCCUUUGGCAUGCAGGCUGGAAUGAUGUGUGGGGAUAUGCCCAUGCCUGGGGCAGAUACUCACUCCAACUCUGGGCUCAAACCAGACUCUCAGUUCCACCAGGGCUACCCUCGCAGACGACCCACUGAUGAACCCAUUGACUCCCAACCCAAGAAGAGGAAGGUGCCUGGACUCCCCUCUUCAGUGGUGUACCCCACAUCAGGGGAGGACUACAACUCUGAUGGUGCAGGGUAUCCCACUUCCAAACCAGGCAGCGUGUACCCUUCCCAGUACUACCUGACAGAGGGCAUGAUGGAUUCGUGGGGACAGAGCGGGUACCCUGCCGGACUCCUGCAGAACUCCCCCCACAUCGCCCAGCAAGCCCCCUUCAGCGCGGCCAACCCACAGGACAGACUGCAGAAGAGGCAGCCAUUGGCCAUUUCCCCCCAGAACUACCCGCUGCAGGCCGGAGACAUGAACGGCUACCACUCCGGCCCCUCCGCCUACGGGCCACCCAACGGGGCAGACAGCAUCAUGGCUAACAGAGGUGCUGCUCCAGGGAGCUCAGGUGAUGAGAUUGGGAAGGCAUUGGCAUCGAUCUAUCCAUCGGAGAGCAACGGUGCCAGUUUCCCCUCAACUCCCCCAACUCCAGUGGGCUCCGUGGGCUCUCCCCAGGCCAUCGCAGCCUCUCAGUGGUCGAGGUCCUCUGCCCAGGCGACCCCGUCUCCCAGCUUCGAGGGCGGCAUGCAGGCUAAAGUGGGGGACAGUCUGGAGGAGGCUCUGACGGUGUUGCGAGGUCAUGCCGUGGGGGCGCCGGGCGACCUGGUCAACCUCCUGAGCUCCGCAGGCGGCUCCAGCUCCACCUCCAGCCUCCUCACACAGGCCUUCAGCCUCGCCGGGCGCAUGCUGCCCAUUCACCAUGAGGAAGGAGCCGGCAUGACACCUAGUGGUCCCCUCCUGCAUGGUCACCACAACCCUGUAGCUCCACAAAGCUCCCAGCCUGAGGGCUUCAAUGGUGGUCUGAUGCGUUCCAGCCACUCAUCCAGCAGUCUGGACAUCAAGCGCGAGGACAAAGAGGACGACGAGAACUCCUCCCUCAACGACAAGUCCGAGGACGAGAGGAGAGACGCCAAACUGGCCCGCUCCAGAACUAGAGAUCAACCCUUCACCCUACACAGCAACUCUGCCCAGUCAGACUCAGGAGCUGAUAACGAGGACGACGAGGACCUCCCCCCGGAGGUGAAGGUGGAGCGGGAAAAGGAGCGUCGCCAGGCCAACAACCAGCGGGAGCGUCUGCGCGUGCGCGACAUCAACGAGGCCUUCAAGGAGCUCGGCCGCAUGUGCCAGCUCCAGAUGCGCCCGGGACAGGACAAGCCGCAGACCAAGCUGCUGGUGCUGCAGCACGCCGUGCAGGUCAUCCUCAACCUGGAGCAGCAGGUCCGAGGUCAGUCAGAGAGGAAUUUAAACCCCAAGGCAGCCUGCCUGAAGCGUCGAGAGGAGGAAAACCCUGGCAACCAUAUGUGACACUGAGGUUGUCUUCAGGAGACAGAGCAGCUGUGGCCUUAAUGACAGCAAUCAUCUCAGCCAGCAGACAUGCAUCUACACUGCCCCAGUGUGUGUUAGACUACACACACACACACACACACACACACACACAGGCGCGCGCGCGCACACACACACAUAGUCACACACACACACACACACACACACACACACACACACACACACACACACACACACACACACACACACACACACUCACAUACAUACUUUUGUUCAAAACUGACAUGUUGACCAUACCCCUGACUAGAUGUAUACACUGACCAUUGAGUGCACCUGCAAGUACUCAUACUGGCAUACACAUAGAUAUAUAUAUACACACACACACACACACUCACACACUCUCUCUCUCACACACAUACACACACACACACACACACUAACUAUGGCCCAGUGGCAUAUUGGUGUCCGUUGCCCACUGCAGAAAAUGACUCUAUCUGAGAGAGACUCCAGCCACACCGGAGGAAGACUUUAUGGAUCAGUUUUUAUCUGAUAUUUUUUUAUGAAAUCUAAAACAAAAAUGUUGCUUACUUAAUGGAAGCAAGAGACAAAAAAAGAAACUAACAAAAAAAACAGGACAUUUCGAUCUUUUGGAAACAGAACAAGUAGAGUGGAAGUGGCUUCUAGAAGAGGGAGCACCACCAUCAAUGCAGCAGAGGGGACUGUCUGUGUGUGUGUUUGUGUAUUAUGGGUUGUAACGAGUCUGACUGCGUAGUAAUUUGUGUUAUGGCAUCCAAACAUCCAUAGAGACAGACAGACACACAUACAUGCCUCCCCCUUCCUUCAGAUGUUGUCACUGCUAUGUGUGUUACACAGAAGUGAGGAGGGGGUCUUUGGACUGCUUUUGGAUUGGAUGCAGGGCAGGCCUCCCCCUUGACGACAUAAACUCUCCUAGAAGCUUCUAGAACAACCCCCACCCCAAGAGCCACGCGUCCCCAGGCCAUCGUUAAGGCCCAUCCACACCAAGAACUAUAACCAUAAAGACAACUUUACCUAGAACGAUAUGAACGUCCACACUGGACAAUGAUAAAGAGGGUCAGUCCGGAAUAUUCAUCCGGUUCAUUAAUGUGAUUAACAAAAUUUGAUGGACUUUGAUAGGCUGUCAGGUUUCUAUCGCUCUCCAAUUGAUCCUCAAUUAUGUUUUCAUGUGGAUGUCUUUGUUAUGAUAUGUGGUGUGGACGUAGUUGUUCUAAUUAGUUAACGCGAUACUUAGAAACUGUAGUUUUUACUGUUAUCAUUAUCGCUACAGUUCUGGCUAGUGGUGUGGACGGGCCUUGAGCCUAAGGACUGGACUGCCUAGCGUCAAGUGUGUGGGUGAGGCCCAUGGGGUUAGUCGGCUCCUCAAGGCUGUGAGCGAGAACAUAGCCGCAAAUUACCCUUCGUUUAACCGGACAAACAAAAGCAUGUUACAUGGACUGGGUUCUUACUUCUGCUCAAAUAAGUGAGAAUCCAUCUCCUAGGUCAAGAAGGAAAUGUUGCCGUAGAAACUCUGUGGUCACGGGUGCUGAUGCAUUUUUUUGUUUUGCGUGUGUGGCAAAGAUGAGUGUCGCCAAGGCAACGACUGCUCUGUUGCUGUCACCAUGACGAUGAUGCACACCCUCCCCUUAUAUUGUAAAAUUUCGGCAAGACCUGAAUUGUUAAGUUACGACAAGAAGCAGUAGGACUUAAUGGAAGUAGUUGUACUCCUUAUCAGCUUGUGUGCUUAGAUGGCAUGACAUAUGGAAGAUGCGAGGGCGUUUAUUUGCUUGGGGUUAAGAGGAAGGAGAGCUGAACUCCCUCCACCAUGCGAAUGGAUGGACUAGGUCAGAGUGCCGCCUCUGUACAGCCCAGCUUAGAGAAGAGAAGAAAGUAGAUUAUCUUUUCUUUUGUGUUAAUUUCUUUUAAUUUCUUUCGAACAAUUUGCAAAAGGGUUUUUUUUAUGAGUGGACCCAAUAUGUGUAUGUAACUUGAUUACAAUUUGUACUUUGUAUUUCCCCCCUUUUUUAUACAAAUAUUCUUUUUUUUCCAUGUUUGUGAGUUAACUUUCUGAUUGUUUUUUUAUGAACUACAUUUGUUUAAAAUGUAAUGUGUAAAGGCUUGUAAGGAUGCCAGAACAAAAUGUGUUCCUCUUUGCUCUUGCUGUUGACUGGUGACCGACUGGCCAACCUAAAGGGACAAAUCUCAUAAUUAGAAUCUGACAUUUGGAAAGGAACCAGUACACUCAGACCUUUCCACAGAAUAGCAGUAGCACUGUUUUGCGUUUGGUUUGAUUUGCGUUUGAACUAAUUGCCCCACCAUAUUGAGAUGUCAACCCCAUGUCCUCCCCCUGCCCCUAAAGCAACAGUAAAGUAAGUUGUUGGCACAUUGCCGUCAUGCUUAAAAUAAAUAAAUGCCCCUUUUAUUGGAAGGCGACCCCAGCACGCGUCUGAGCUGUGUGUGUGAAACAGAGAGAGAGAUCCAUCUUGCCCUUGUCUUUUGCAAAGGACAGGAUGCUUUUCUGAGUUUGUCCCUAGAGGCAGUGCUAUAGCCUCAGCAGGGGGAAAUCGUGUCUCUUUUUCGGAAGGGGCGGUGGUGUGGCUCUUUAGGGGUCAGUCAGACCCCUUAGAGUAAACGCACUGACUGGACAGAACAGGAGGAGGAUACGGCCUUGAUCUAUAUUAUCGACCCGCCAGGUCAGCUCCGCCUCGUAUCAGAGGCGGACAGGCUCCUUCUCCGCACUCGUCUGACUUCUGGAGUGGAAUCAGAGAGUGGACGUUUACCAGUGCCUCUAAUUCUCUCAAUUCAGCUCAGUUUUGCCCCCUCCCCCCUUCCUUUCCGUUUGUUUUGUGGGGGUGGGAGGGGGGAAUGGGGAUAGAUAAAGAAUAUUACACAAGUUGAUGAGGAUGAUUCAGAACACAUUUCAUAGCUUCAGUGAGCAUAAGUCGAGAGACACCGAUUUCAAUCCGCUUCUUUUCUUACCUUUUGAUGAAUUGAACAAUGGUGUUGCAGCAGAAUUGGAAUUGGUUUUAAGAUGUUAAAUGUUAAAAGCACAAAGUAAAAAGACAAAAAAUCUCAGAACAAUCCAGUUGUUCAGUGUCACUUGCAGACUGCUUUGGGUCCGAGCAUAGUCACCAUUUCCCAGACAAAUGAGUUGGAUUUCAGUCCCCCAUCAAAGUGAUGCCAUGCUCAGCUUUUAAAUCAGUCACUUGCUGAAGUUCUCAAUUGAACAGAUUUCAGCUUUUAUUCUUACACUGCUUUCAUGACUAUCAGGUAUAGUGUUAUUUGAUUAUAAUCACAUUUAGAGGCUGUGUUGGUGGUAAUACCUUCCCAGACAACCUUUUCCCUUUCACCCAUGUCAUGGCCUUCCAUGUUAUUAUUGCUGGGAAAGGCAGCCCCCUACUGGCAGUUUAGUAUACUGGAUAUUAGCACAUGAACAGAGGGUACACCUCUCCCAAGUUACUCCUACAGCCAUCGGCACAGUCGGAACAGUGUUUUACUCUUUCAAAUGUUUAUUAGCGCCUCUGAGAAUCAUCAUGCUGAUUUCUUCCUAAAGCUGAAAAGGCAGACAUUCUCACAUCUCACUAUGUCAUGGUUUGCCAUACCAUUGUGUCCAGAGGGGUGUGGAGGGGGAGAACCCCCCUUGAAAUAUAUUUCCCAGCAGGAUUGGCUGUAGAAAGGCAUUAUGUGCUCUCCUGUCGGGGUGGGACAUGAAGGCACCACUUGUACCUGCAUGGCUGACCAUACCAUCCAACCAUCUCCGUACCCUAAGACACACUGCAAGUUAAAUCUGCGGUCUCUUAUGCAUUGGGGACAGAAUACAAUAUAUGUGUCCUCACAGUGCCUCUAGGCGGACUCUUUAAAAAUGUAGUUAUUGAGAACAUUCAUGUAUAUAACGUAGCAAUAAAAGUGCCAUUUUUAAUAACAGAAAUAUACAUUUUUCAAUGUCUGUCUUUUGGAACUUGUAUACCUGAAUAAAAAGAAAA